AAAAAUGGCUCCUGCUUUUUUAGUUUAUUACUUAAUGUAAUCUUGAAGAAAAAUGGAGUUAUUAGUUUUUUGGGUUCAUUCAUUUUUUGCUAUUUUUGGCCUUUGUCCUCUCAUAGCUGUCACUGAUGCUUCUCAGUGCCCUGACAGUAAUCUGGCUAUCAGUGGAGGCGUCUUUACUCUCUCCAACAUGUUCAAUGAUGGUAGUGUUUUAAGGUACAUCUGCCCAGAAGGUUAUUAUCCACAUCCUGUAAGAAAGCGUGAUUGUUACAGUGGGCAGUGGGAUCCAGCACCCACCAGAAAACCUCCAGUGUGCAAAAAGGUCACAUGUCCCAAUCCAAAUGUUCUAGAGAAUGGACAUGGGCAACCCAAUAAACAGCAGUAUUAUGUGAAUGACACAACUACCUACAGAUGUGACUCGGGUUACAUAUUCAGGGGUUCUGCCACACGUGUCUGCCAGAUCAAUGGAAAAUGGAGCGGCGGCACCCCAAUUUGUAGCCGUGACUCUGAUCACUGCCCUGAUCCUGGUACUCCGCCUGGGGCCUCCAGAGAAUAUCGCAGUUUUAAUAUUGAUGACAAAGUUACUUACUCAUGCAAUAACAAGUUAAAGCUGAUCGGCUCCAAGGUGCGUGUAUGUCAGGAUGAUGGCCAGUGGUCUGGAAAAGAGCCGGAGUGCUACGCGGAUUUCACAUAUGACACUCCAGAGGAAGUAGCCGAGGCUUUUGGGAGUUCUUUAAAGACUACUCUUACUAUGUAUGAAGAAACAGGUCAGUAUGAGAAAAGAAUUAGACUGGAGAAGGGAGGAAAACUGGACAUCUACAUAGCUCUGGAUGCAUCUAACAGCAUAGAGGAAAAAGAUUUUAAUCUUGCAAAAAAGGUCAUCACUGAUCUCAUAGUUAAGAUUAGCUACUAUCAGGUCUCUCCAAAUUAUGAGAUCAUUAUUUUUGCCUCGGAUGUGACAAGAAUCAUAAGUAUGGCAGACUACAAAAGGCGUGUAGAAAAGAAGCUGGAUGAUAUUGUCAAGGAGCUGGAAAAUUAUAAAUUUAAUGCAAAAGGACCACAGACAGGGACCAACAUCGCCAAAGCCUAUGGAACUAUCUUAGACAGCAUCAGUUUUGAGAAAGCCAAGGAUCCACAAGGAUUUAAUGACACCCAUCAUGUCAUAAUCAUGUUUACUGAUGGUUUUGCCAAUAUGGGGGAAAACCCCAAACGCAAAGUUCAGCAAAUUAAAGAAGUUGUUUAUGAUGGAGAUGUAAAACGGGAAAAAUAUCUUGAUCUUUACGUGUUUGGAGUGGGUGGCAGUGUAAUGAAACAGGAUCUUGAUGAAUGGGUGACAAAAAGAGAUAACAACGAGAAGCAUCUUUUCUUACUUCGGGACAUGAAAAACAUACAUGAGACCUUUGAUCAGAUGAUUGAUGAAAGCACUAGUGUGGGUCUGUGUGGACUUUAUAAAGACUAUCAUGAUGGAACUAAAUCAGCCAUGCGCCUCACAUACCCCUGGCUGAUGAAGAUUGUUGUGACCCAUGAGGAUGGCACAAAAGGAAACUGUUUAGGAUCACUAGUCACUCCUAAAUUUAUUCUAACUGCGGCCCACUGCUUUAGAACUGAUGAUAUUCCUGAAAGAAUUCAAGUUGAGACACCCAGUGCCAAAGAUGCCAGAUUCUUGAAAGUAAAGAGGUACAUAUCUCACCCCAACUACAACAGCCGACAAAAAGUAAAGGAGGGAAUAUCGGAGUAUUAUGAAUAUGAUGUGGCUCUUAUUGAACUGGAGGAAGGUGUAAUAAUCAGUUCCAGUUUCAGAACCAUCUGCAUUCCCUGCACCAAGCAAACAAGCGGAGCUCUAAAACUGUCUGGCAGUGAUGUCACAUGCAAACAACACAAAGAAAUGUUAAUGAACAAUGAUCUUGUAAAGGCCUUUUUCAUGACAGAGAAGAAAUCUAACGUUUUAAAGAAAAGGAUCCAAAUCAGGCAGGGGCAGAAGCGAAAUGCGUGUAUUGAAGAUGCAAAAAAUGCAUUAAAUAUUCCAGAAGAUACUGCAAAGGAUUUGAUUACAGAUAACUUCCUAUGCUCUGGUGGGGCUGCACAGAAUCAAAGAGAUGACGUGUCUUGCAAAGGGGAUUCCGGUGGAGCUACAUUUGUGGAGCAAAAGUAUCGUGCCAUCCAGGUUGGAAUUGUCAGUUGGGGACUAAAAGAUGGAUGUGCAGCUGGUGUUCAGUUUGACGAAACAGCCAAAGACUUCCACAUAGACCUCUUCAGUCCAAAAAUACAAGCUUUUCUUAAACAAUAUUUGGGAAAUGAAAAGAUUGACACCCCACUUAAUUUUAUAGAAUGAAAAGGCCUUUCUCUACUGCACAGUGCAUUUAUAUUAGAUCAUGUAAAUGUAUUUAUAUUAAACAAAUUCAUACAGACAGCAAUAAUUUGCUAAUUAUUUCUAACUAUUUAGUGAAAGAAUUCCACCAUGACUAUAAAGUCCAAGAAUUAAUGCUCUCUUUCUUUAUGUAAUUUAAACGAGGUAUCAAAUCGAUAUAGUCGAGUCAGCUGUAUUUUUAAAGUAAAGUAGGUUUAUAUAUAUUUACAGCAUACAGAUGAUGCUUUUAUCCAGUUGUGACUGAAUGCGACUUAAAACAGUUCAGGGUUAAGGGCCUUGCUCAAGGCCCCAACAGUGGUAACUUGGUGGGGGUGGGGUUUGACUCAGCAAUCCUUGUUGAGCUAGACUAGAGGGGCACAAGUAUCAUUAAACAUCUCAAAUUAUUAACAUUACUACAUGGUGCUAAAAAACUUUUGCCAAUUACAAGCAUAUAUGGUAAAAAAGAAAAAAAAAAGAAAAAAAGAAAUAGAUUUCUGCAGUAUUGUGGUUCUUGUCUCAUUCCUCUUGGCAAAGUGUGUUUAACUAAUCCACACAAAUUUGUUAACAAAAAAAAGAAAAAGAAAAAACAUUUAGUGCAUUUAUAUGAUGCUGUUAUACUGUGCAGGUAACACAAACACACACACAAUUGUACCCCAGUUAAAAAUAGCUUUUAGUGAUAAAUGUAAAAAUCAUUUUUAUACUUUACAGAGUGCUUUACAGCGAGAUUCUGCAUACAGAAAUUAGAACACCGAAAGUUAAAAUGUGUUGUAGGUAUAAUUUAAUCUUGCAAAUCUAGAUAACAAAAGACCCAGACUGAUUUAUUACAAUUGAAAGUAGUUUCUGUUCAUUUGUAAAUAUUUUCAUUUCAAGUUUCAACUUUGUACCUAGCAUGAUGAGAAAUGAUGCUUGUAAUUACUGUAAAGUCACUGAUUUAUUGGCCAAUGAUCUUUUCUAUUUACUUUUCUGUUAAAGAUUGACGUUAUGGUAAAUAGACUUGAUCUGCUGUGUAUAUGUGCCUUUAGUGUUCUUUUUUUGGUAGUUUGUUUUAUUGGGAAGGCCAGCAUAGCUUAUUGUGCUUUUAUUUUUGUGACAUUUGGCCUUUGUGCACUUGUAGUUGGCAUGUUCUGUGUUUCUGUGAGUGUAAAUAUUUUAAACAACAAUAAUGCAUUUUAAUUGAGAAAAUACAAUGUUAGGAUCCCUACAUCCAAAAAUCCCUUACCAUCACAGUCGCAUUGUAUAUUGAGCUUCAGUGCAGAUGGAUCUCUGCGCCACCCGAGUGCCAUAUUGUAUCAUACAGUACAAAUUGCAAUGACUUCAUCUGUCAUAGUGUAUGAUUAUUGAAAUGUAUAAUGGCAUGUUAAUGCGUAUUGUUACAGCUUUUAUGUAAUGUGUUUUCUUGUUUUACAUUAAUUUCAAUAUUUUUCUGUCAAACACAUAAUGCUAUUUUGUCAUUUAUGGUGUAGAGUAACAUGUUUUAGAAGACAGAAAACCAUAAUAUCGCCACAUUGUAUAUAAUUAAAGAAACAAGAGUAAAAUCCUUAUGUAAAAAAAGUUUUGGAUGCAAAAGAACCGAAUCUUUUUUGGUGAACUGCGUUUGCGGACUUGACUCACUUGACUCGCGUGAAUUCCGUGCGCAUGCGUAUUUUAACCGUUGCUAUAGGGACAAGGAAAGCCGUAUUACGGAUUAAAGAGUGUUAGCUUGUUGAAUACCAGUGUAAAAUCUAAUAAAACUCAGCUUUAUCGCAACUGUCAACAAGUGUUGAAUGCUAGGAUGUCUGCAGUCACAAUGGAGACGAAAGACAGGCAAGUAGCUUGUUAGCUAACUUAAAUUGUAGAAUACAAAGCGUGUGUAGAGUUGUUAAGCUAAUGCAUACUUGUUAGCUAGAAAGCUAAUUUAUAAACAAGCCGAUUUACCGAAGCUGCGUAUCGGACCUCAUAGUCCAUCCUUAUAUAGUAUAUGGGAAUUAUGUCGACCUUAAGUAUGCAUGUAACUCAUUUAAAUAGUAUGCCUGUUUUGACAUGUUAUUCGAUACAGUAAUGUUCAUACUUAAA